GCGUAGUCACCGCUUCCGUGACGUACCUAGCCAUCUUUCCAGUCAAGCAAAAGUGAUUGUUUUCAGUCUUAGUCUUAUUUAACUGAACUUUUAUUAAUGUCAGAACCACAGUCCGCGCUGCUGUUACGAAAACAAUUAGCAGAAUUAAAUAAAAACCCAGUAGAAGGGUUUUCUGCAGGGCUUAUCGACGACAAUGACAUAUAUCGGUGGGAGGUACUUAUUAUUGGACCUCCGGAUACAUUAUACGAAGGUGGUUUUUUCAAAGCACAUUUACAAUUCCCAAAAGAAUAUCCACUUAGGCCACCAAGAAUGAAAUUUAUAACGGAAAUAUGGCAUCCAAAUAUUGAUAAAAAUGGAGAUGUGUGUAUAUCGAUAUUGCACGAACCUGGUGAUGACAAAUGGGGAUAUGAAAAAGCAUCUGAGCGGUGGUUACCAGUUCACACAGUCGAGACUAUCUUGAUAAGUGUUAUUAGCAUGCUCGCAGAUCCUAAUGAUGAAAGUCCUGCUAACGUGGAUGCCGCCAAAGAGUGGAGAGAAAGUUAUACGGAAUUUAAACGAAAGGUGGCGAGGUGCGUGAGAAAAAGCCAAGAGGAGUGUUUGUAGGGGAUGAACAAAUAUUCAAAUGGAAAGACUUAUUUAAUUCUGGGAAGCCGUAAGCACUGUAAGAAAGAAACCGAUGCUCAGCAUAAAGCUAACGGACAACAGUGCCACUAAACGCGGAAUAAGCCUGACCCAUCCUUGUGCAGCGAGAGGAAGACAGAGUGUGUGUGAACGCGAAAGAAAAACUCACGCAGCUCUAUCAUGUUUAUUAAACCACCACCACCAACAUAUGAUCCAGAUCCAUCGAAACGGAGUACAUAAAAAAGAUACACACACAAUUCACCUUUUACAUAAUAAACAGCUAAAGAAAAUUAAUUUACACGUAUACAUGAUGCAAAAAGUCA